CAUUCCCGCUAGAGGUGGACUUCUGGCCGGCGCUGACGUCACUCCUCGCCCUUACCUGCUCGCUCGUCGGUGCUGCCGAGCCCCGAGGAAGCCUCGACGCGCCUCCCGCGGCGGCAGCAGCAGCAACUCUGUGCUGGGCUUCGCGCUAAUCGCUUACAGAAUUCCGGAUCACUUUGCUCUCGCCUGCUCAGCUCCGCUCCCGCCGCGAUGUCGCUCCUGCUAGAGGCGGUGGGCUUCUUCCUGAGCACCGUCGGCUGGGCGCUGCUGGCCGUCACCCUCUUCAACAGCUACUGGAGGGUCUCCAGCGUCUCCGGCAACGUCAUCACCACCUCCACCAUCUUCGAGAACCUGUGGCAGAGCUGCGCCACCGACUCCACCGGCGUCUAUAACUGUUGGGAGUUCCAGUCUCUGCUCGAACUGCCCGCGUAUCUGCAAGCUUCGCGGGCCCUCAUGAUCACCGCGUUGGUCCUGGGUUUCUUAGCCAUUGUGAGCAGCAUGGUGGGCCUACAGUGUACCAAAGUGGGUGAAAACAAUCCCGAUGCGAAAGCCAAGAUGGCGGUUGUUGGAGGCAGCUUGUUCAUCCUGGCUGGUCUGUGCGGGAUGGUGACUGUUUCAUGGUACGCCUUCAAUAUCACCCGGGAUUUUUUUAAUCCACUCUUUGUUGGGACAAAAUACGAAAUUGGACCUGCUCUUUAUCUAGGCUGGAGUGCCUCCUUGCUGGUGAUCAUCGGAGGCUGCUUUCUGUUCAGUUCCUGUCGGACCAACUCAUCCCAGGACCACAGCUACACAUAUCCCUACAAAGCUCCAAAGAGUGGCAUGCCGGUUGCCAACCCCUCAGUCUCUCGUCCCCGUAGAGACUCCAACGCUAGCAGUAAUGGCCAAUAUGGUAAGAAUGCCUACGUCUAGCCCGGCAAAGGGUGGAAUAUGACAUCUGUUCAGGUUGGAUGCUUUCCUGGCAACGCUGAAUGCCAAAGACUCUUUCAAAGAUGACACAUACCAAGGGAGAACCUUGUUUAUCCUUCAGUUUGGACUUUCUUACGUCGUGAGGAUGCUCUGAACCAAGAGGUGGACUGAAGGCAUGUUUCUGGAUCUGAUCCUGGCCAAUGCCACAUUGGGCAAAGUUAUUUAUUGCCAAGAAGUGUAGAUGGACUUUUAAUAUAUAUAUAUAUAUAUGCAUUGGUAUAGGUAUUCAGCAUGGAUGGAGAUUGCUUCUCAGAUUUUUUGAUGUCUCUUGUCCAGAAUAAUUGAUGUUGCCUACAACCGGGUCUGAAACUCAAGUUAAGUCACCUCCUGUGGUUUAUCACUCAAGGGGACAUGAAUGUAUGUGUGAAACAAUUGAUCCGUGCUUGGAGGACAUCAAAACUGGAGGCCUACUCAUAGUUAAAAAUGCUGGGAUAUCCCUAAUAGAGUGGAGAUUUACUUCCCAAUUGGAUUUUUAGGUUUCCCUCCAGUCAACACUCCUAUCUGCUGGAGACGCUAAAUUUUGUGUGAAUGUGUGUGAAACCU